AUGGAUAAUAGUGUUGUGAUUCACGAUGGAGAUUUCGAGCUCGAAGACGCCUCCCCCAGCUGGCGGCAGAAAUUGCCUCGAAUCGCUAGCGACCCCAGCCUUCGUUCUACUGCCAUCUCAGAAGAGGAUGCUAGUGAGCAUGCGAAGGAUAACGGAAAAGAGAGCUUCAAAAGCUUCACAGCGGACGAGGAAAGAGUGAUAGUUAGAAAACUCGACCGCCACUUGGUUCUAUUCAUAGCAUUCCUAUACAUGCUCUCUUUUCUCGAUCGAUCAAACAUCGGAAACGCGAGGAUCGCCGGCUUGACAGAAGAUCUAAACCUCGACUCUUCCCAAUAUGAAUGGCUACUUACAAGCUUCUAUUGCACGUAUAUUACAUUUCAAUGGAUGACCCUUCUGUACGGCAUCGUACCAGCUCACAUCUACAUAUCCCUUGCCACGCUAACAUGGAGCCUGACUGCAUGCCUGCAAGCCGUCGCAAGCUCAUUUUCUUCCAUGCUCGUUCUCCGCGCCCUCCUCGGUAUCGGAGAAGCUGCCUUCUCCCCCGGAAUCCCCUUCCUCCUCUCCUUUUUCUUCAAGCGGGAGGAGCUGGCAUUUCGAACCGGCCUCUUCAUAUCUGCUGCCCCUCUUGCGACUUCGUUUGCAAGUAGCCUGGCCUGGCUGAUAACAAAGGUGGCAUAUCAUGUCCAUAUAUCAGCAUGGAGAGUGUUAUUUCUAGUAGAAGGAUUUCCCAGCAUCAUUGUCGCUAUACUCGCGUGGUACCAGAUUCCCGAUACUCCUGACACGGCCAGAUUUCUCAGCCAGCGCGAGAAGAAAAUUGCGCGUCUGAGACUCAGCAAGGAAAGGCAUACCGGAAAAGGGACGAUGAGCAAAAAAUCCAAAUUAGACUGGCAGGAGAUACGCGAGGCUUUGACGGACGUGAAGUGUUGGAUCACUGCGGUAGUAUCUCAUCUCGAAAAUGCCCAGAUGCAUUAUAGCGCAUUGGCAUCCCAAGCCCUCUCAGCCCCGCCCUACUUCGUUGCCUUCCUCGUCGUUCUAGUCACCGCCUUUCUCUCAGAUCGUUCACAGAAUCGAAGCUACUACGUGAUCUUUCACGCCCUCCUUGGUGGUUUUGGCUACCUCUCCAUCGCCAUCGGAGGCAUGCUUAGAGCCGAUUCGAGAUGGAGAUACGCCGGUGUUUACCCCGCAGCCGCUGGCUUCUUCUCCGCAGUAACCCUCAUCCUUACCUGGACUAUCAACAACCAAAACUCCGACUCGAAGCGAGGGACUGGCGUCGUAAUGCUGAAUCUCCUUGGACAGUUCGGACCCCUGGUAGGUACAAGACUCUAUCCGGACAGUGAUAAGCCAUAUUAUGUGAAGGGUAUGGCUGUGUGCAGCCUUUUCAUGUUUUUGGUGGCAUUGCUGGCAUGGUGGCUGAGGAGAUUAUUGACCAGAGAGAAUGAGAAUUGGACGGAACACGAGGAGGCGAUAGGUGAGGGAGAAGACGAAGCGUUAGUGGAUGAGAAUGGUCUUAGGACCAAAGCUCGAUUCAUCUAUAUUGUGUAG